CUCGCAGAAGAUCAUGGAGGCACAAGGUUCAAUACGACUCUACUCCUGGACCAGACUCGGAUUCAUACUGUUUCUCCCAGGAGUGUUGGCAAUGAAACAUGUAGAGUUCUACACCAUCCUGAACCAGACCGUCCUCCUCAAUGUCCCAGAAUGCAAAGUGUCAUAUUCUGAUACUGUGGACUGGCAAGAAAAAAAAGCUCCUUUGGCAAUCUGGAAGAAAAAUAAGGAGCCUAAAUACUACAGCAGCUGUAACUCCACCUGCACCCUCCACCAGAACGGGUCCCUGCUUCUCCGGAUAAUCAAGGUGCCCACUGCACCAUACACACUGAUGGUGUACUCCAGUGACGGGAAGCUGAAGUGCAACCAGACUGUGACCGUCAUUGUGAUAGAGGCGGUGGAGCGGCCGGUCCUCGAAUAUGACUGUAAGAAGGGAGCGGCCGUUGUUCGAUGCUCCACCACCAGCCAGAACAGCUCUAAUUUAACACUUUCCUGGAGAAACAAUUCAUUGACCACAAGUGAAAAAUAAAUGUCGAAAAAUACUAAAGAGCAGAACGUGGAGGUCACCUGCAUCGUCAAUAACCGCGUCAGCCGCAUGGCCGCCACCCUCACCGUCAGCUGCCCAGAAGCGGUGGAGCGGCCGGUCCUCGAAUAUGACUGUAAGAAGGGAGCUGCCGAAGUUCGAUGCUCCACCACCAGCCAGAACAGCUCUAAUUUAACCCUUUCCUGGAGAAACAAUUUAUUGACCACAAGUGAAAAAUCAAUGUUGAAAAAUACUAAAGAGCAGAACGUGGAGGUCACCUGCAUCGUCAAUAACCGCGUCAGCCACAGUACCGCCACACUCACCGUCAGCUGCCCAGGUAUCUUCUCAGAUAUCUUCCUGAUUCUGAGUGUCGCAGGUGGAGCCGUCGCCCUCAUCAUUUUCAUCGUUCUGGUGGUUUACUCUGUGAAGUACAAGCCUUGGAGAAGGAACAGCAGAAGCGAGGGCGAUGUGGUGAUGAAUUUACAGCACCAUCAACCGCAACUGCAGCCUACAGGUCUGACCACCAGACUCCCGAUCAGCCAAGGAGACUUCCCCGAGCAAGCCCCAAUCCAGAAGCGACAGGCUCUUCCCAAAGAGUGCCCACAGGAGCCAGGCAGCAAGAAAGGGAAGAAGGCCAAGAGUCGACGGCCACCCCCACAGGCCCCAGGACAGACUGCACAGAUGUACCAGGCCGCCCCUCACCACAGAACGCCCGCCUUACCCGGAAAUCAUCCCAGCGAGCAGGCCCCGAGACCACAGCCCCGGACCAAGUCCAAGGCGCCACGGCAGCACCGCAAAAACUGACCAUGCUGGGUCAGAGCCUGAGGUCCUGUCUUCAGGGUAGACACAGGAGGGACCCGCUUCGUCCUUCUGUUCAGCCAUGUCUUAGUUGUAUUUGUCUCUAGGAAAGUUGGGUCAUGGCCGCUACUGCAGCUUCUCUUCCAGCAGUCGUCACUUUGGGGGCUGGCGGAGGAGGACUCAGGGGUCCUGGGGCUGGUGGAGGACGACUCAGGGCCUCGGGACUAGUGAAGGAUGGGGCCCCCAAUACUUCUUCAGCUCAUUUCACCUCACCUUGCAGGACAUCUAGUGGUCACUUGUGGAUCUGCACCCUGGCUUUGUUUUUUUUCUGCACAGUUCUGCUGCAUGUGCUGAAGUAAUGUGUCUGUGCCGCGUGUGAUGUGUACCUACCUGCUGAACAGUAAACUG